AACUUUGGCAAGAUAAAACUCUAUGGCCUCUGUAUGAUUUCAAUGAGUAAAUUUAUGUGAAUCCUUCUCCAAUUCAAAAAUCUCAUUGACAAUGGAUGUUUUAUUUAGAUUCAAAUACCUGGAAUAGUUCAACUUCCAAAUCUGGCAGACUCAAAGAAGAAAUGGCAUAUGGUGGUAGAUACUGGCUGUCUUAUACAUGACAAAUCUAGACAGGCUUUGAAGCAACUGGAAGGCAUCAAAGGGACUCAUCUGAUCAUCCCUAGAAUCGUUAUACGAGAAUUAGAUUAUCUGAAACACCAAAAUAAGUCAAGGAAAGGGAAGGAGGCUCAGGCGAUUUUGAGAUGGAUUGAACAGUGCAUGAUAAACAAGGGUUGGUGGGUUCAUGUGCAAAACUCUGCAGAAUGCUUUUCAGUUGGUGACACACCUCUUGCUUCUCCUCGUUCCGAUCUAACUGCUGGCAGCAAUGAUACUUCUACUUCAGUUGCUUUCUCAUCUUAUGGGAGCUUUGGAGAUGUUUUGUCACCUAUUGCAGAAGAUCAUGUUCUUGAAUAUGCUUUACUCCACAAAAUUAUAGCAAAUGAUGGUCAUGUUGUUCUUUUGAGUAAUGAUGUUGGUCUCAAAGUCAAAGCUAUGGCUGAGGGGAUGUUAUGUGAAAAUGCCAGGGAGUUUUGUCAAAGUUUAUUAAGUCCUUAUUCAGAGAGAUUUUUGUGGUCAGAAAGCACUGCGCAUGGCCACAACUGGACUGACAUCAAGAACAGCAAUAGCAGUAAACCUUUUGGUGUGAAAAGGAAGUCGGCAUACUUUGGCAUGAUGAGAAACUCUUUGCUUCGUCAUGAGGAACCAAAUAUGAAGAGUAAUGAGGGUGCAAAGGGAUUAAAGCUGAUCUUGCUCCAUAAUUCUCAUUUUGUCCCUUCAGCUUCCUAUGGAAUAUGAAAGAUGAUCAGAUUUCUUCUAGGAUUCGUGAUUAUUGUUAUAAAUCUUGUGCAGAUGGAACCUUACUGCAAGUGGCCCUCGGUCCAAUCCACAGGGACCUUAUCACUAUGGAAAUAUAACUAUCUCAAGGACCAUCAAACUUGCAAAUUUGGCUCCUAUGAUCAACCGGAAGCAUAGAUAUGAUGUAAACAGUGUUUCAUUCAAUCCACCUAAUAGUCCUUUUAAGCUGGCUGAUCACUUUAAAAUACAGGGUGUCUUCAGCUUGGGUUCUAUUCCAGAAAAUCCCACAGGUGGUGGCGGCUACCUGCAGACAGCUGUUAUGGCUGCUAAUUUCAGAGCUUUCAUUAACACAAUACUUAUUUUCAAUAAUAUAGUUGUAGUAGACAUGAGCACAAAAGUCUAUUUGAGGAAGACAUCUGUUGGGAUGAAUGCAAGAUUCAAAUAGUUUGGGACAAUACAUAUCAAGAUUUAAUCUACCCAUGUAUGAUUAUCAACAUCCAACACACCAUCCGUUAUGAUGCUGUAAUUACUCUUCUUGCAACCAUCGUUGCUUGUUAAAUAUGAUCAUGUACAACAAAAUUCUUCUGUUUAUAAAAUGCUAUUAUU